AUGUAAAGCUAAUUAAGUGACUAUGAGUAUCUUAGUACGAUUUUGUAAAAAAAUAGUAGUUGCUUUAAUUUAAACAAAAAAUUAACCCUAUAUAUUAGGCCGCAGAAUCGCAAUGAAAAGAGAAGAAAAAAACAUUCAUCUUGCAGCACAGAAGACAUCAACCCCAAGCUUUAUGAUUCACAAAUAAAAAAGAAAGUAGAUUUAAGUGCAUCUGGUACAAGUGAAGGGCAAGGAAAUUAGAAAAAUAAAAUACGAAUUGCUUUUAAACCAAUCAUUAGAUUGAGAAAUAAGUUUCUUAAUGGGAACAACCCAAAUGGCUAUUCACUUGUGAAUUAUAAAGAGAUAGUAUGCAAUUUUUGUCUAUUGCAUCUAGAUAAUCAAUACUCCAAAUAAGAAGAAAACUAAUCAUUUUCCAUAAUAACUCUAGAAUAACAUCAACAGACACAUUCUCAAACCAUUACAACAUAAUGUAAACAUAAGUAUCAUUUUGAUUGUUUCCAAAAUAACAUUAAGCAACAAUUGGAUUAAUAAAAAUCAACAAUUUCUUGCAUAUGCGGAAAAAAAAUAAAUAAUAAACUGUUAAAAUAAUAUGCCUCUGAGGUGUUAUUAAGGAAGCUUUUGAAAAUCUAACUUGAUACCAUCUACUAAAAAUACUAAGAGUAACUUAAUUUGAAGUAAUGUAAUACAUGUACGUUCUUUUGGGUUAAGUGUGACACUUAAUUAUAUCUCCCAAUUUGCAUUUAUUGUUUGCUAUCAUACAAUGCUAAUGAUACUACAAAAUCUUCCAAUUUGAGUUAAUUCAACAAAUAAAAGAGGUUGAGAUCAAUUAGCAUGUAGUGA